UAUACACCACAACGCAGUCUGCCUUGCCACUCUUAAAACUGAUUAUUCUCAGUAGGCAUCUUUCUUCUCAUGAAUAUUCAGUUACACGAAUUGUGAGCGGUGUAUUACUUUUAAACCAAGGGGAAUAAAAUUAUGUGUGAUAACUAUAGGGUGGCGUUAAAAUUUGUCAAAUAAACAUGAUUUUGUUUUCAGUGUGUUUAAAAAUAAUUUUAGUGAUUUUAUUGAUAACUUUCGAGGGAGAGACGAGUGAGUGUCCAUUUAAAUGUCAAUGUUAUAAGAGGUCUGUUAAAUGUAUGAAAUCAGAUUUAACACAGGUGCCAAAAACUUCACUGAGAACAACGUUUCUGGACCUCCGAUUCAACAAGAUAGAACAAAUCCCUUCUGGAACGUUCAAUAAUCACAGAAAAAUCUUAACUUUGCUUUUAAACUACAAUCUACUGACUUCUUUACAAAGUGGUAUAUUUGAUGGCUUGGAUAAUUUGCAACAUCUGUAUUUGUAUUACAAUAAAAUUCGUUUCAUACACCCUAAUGUAUUCCAAGGCCUAAAAAAACUGGAAAGGCUAUAUUUACACCACAACCAACUAGGUGAAAUUUAUCCAGGAACAUUUUCAAAUCUUCUGUCGUUAAAAAUAUUGCACCUGUAUAAUAACAAUUUAAAACAUCUUCCUGAAGACGCAUUCAAAAAUUUACCAAAGCUAGAGAGACUUCGUCUUGAUCAUAAUGCAUUGGUUUGUAACUGUGAUAUGUUAUGGCUGUCUCAGUUAUUUAUAAGUAACUCUUUGAAUGGAUCAGCUCAUUGCAAGUAUCCUAUAGAAAUGAAAGGGAUGUCCUUGAAAGAAACCGACGCAGAGCAUUUCCACUGUGAUACCAAUCUCAUUAAGGAAGGUCCACAAGAUGUAACAAUCCCUUGGGGAGAAAACGCAGUUCUAUCAUGCAAAGUGUAUGACAGCUCAGCAUCAAUCUAUUGGAUGAGAGAUGAUCAAGAGCUCAUACCAGACUACCAUAAAUAUGUUAUAUUAAAUAAUGGCACUCUUUUAAUUCAAAAUGCAGAUGAAAAUGACGUCGGAUAUUACGAGUGUCUUGCUAAAAAUACUGAAAAAGAAGAAAAAUCAGCUCCCGCGAAAAUGAUUGUCAAAAAACCAAAGAAAUAUGCUAGUGAUACUAAUGACCAACCAAAAUUCACUGAAGUACCAACCAAAAUUUUCGCUUCUAUUGGAGACUUUGAAGCAACUCUGGGAUGUAAAGCAGAGGGAGACCCGACUCCAAUAAUAAAUUGGUCUAAAGAUGGAAUUAGACUCCAGCCCACUAGUAAAUACAUUUUUCACCCAGACGGAUCACUUACAGUAAAAAAUAUUGAACCAACGGAUCACGGUUCUUACCAAUGUGAAGCUUUUAAUGUCAAUGGUAGAGUAACAGCUGAUGGAAUUGUAAUGAUUAAAGCUCCACCAAUAUUUAGUAUUCAGCCUGAAAAUAUCAUCACUCAAGUUGGUAAUAACAUAAAACUUGAAUGCGUUGCUUCUGGUACACCCAAUCCCGAAAUUAUAUGGUACAAAAAUGAUGAAGAAAUUCUUCCCAAUGAUGAAAAUGGUAGAGUACAAUUUACUGAUAACAAAAGGGUACUUGAAAUUAACAAUGUACAAGUGUCUGAUGCAACCAUCUAUGUUUGUGAAGCCUGGAAUGAAGUGGGAAUGCGCGAAGUAAGUGCGUCGGUUAUUAUUGAAGAAACAUCACACAAACCAGCAAAAUUGAUUUAUAAGCCCAAUAAUAUUGAAGCAUUGGAAGGUAGUACAAUCGAGCUACCAUGUAAAGCAAUCGGAGAUCCUAAGCCUGGUAUUAGUUGGCAGAAGGAUGGAUCAACAAUGCAAAGAACUGGUCGAUUCAAAGUUAGUUUAAAUGGUAACCUCUACAUUUACAAAGUGGUACCCGAAGAUCAAGGAAGAUAUGAGUGUAUGGCGCUCAAUGAUUAUGGCAGAGACUUAGCUUACGCAUAUGUUACAGUUAAAAAGCUAAAAGAUCCUGUAGGUGUUAAUGUGGGUGAUCAAUAUGUGAAAUUAGCCUUCGCCGAAGCUAGUGAAGAAGUGGAUCGUGCCAUAAAUCGUACGAUUGAGAAUCUUAUAAAAAAUAAAGACACUCGCAAUCCUGGUGAACUUUUUAGAAUUGUUCGAUACCCAGACGCACCUGCAAGGGAAUUGGCUAGAGCAGCUGAAAUAUAUGAACGCACAUUAACUAACGUAAGGAAAUAUGUCGAAAGCGGAAACUUAACAUUGAAUUCCACAGCUGACUUCAAUUAUAAAGAACUACUGUCAGACGAACACUUAGAUCUAAUUGCUAGAUUAUCAGGAUGUACCUCACACAGACUAGAAAGAAACUGUUCAAAUAUGUGUUUCCAUUCGAAAUAUCGCUCCAUAGAUGGUACUUGUAACAACUUGGAACAUCCGACUUGGGGAGCUUCUUUAACAGAAUUCCGACGUAUUCUAAAACCGAUUUAUGAAGACGGUCUUCAAAAACCAGUUGGAUGGAUAAAAGAAAAAAAAUAUUAUGGAUAUCAUAAACCAAGUUCUAGAUUGGUAUCAACCACGUUGAUUACUACCGAAAAAAUAACUCCUGAUCCCGAAAUAACACAUAUGGUGAUGCAGUGGGGUCAAUUUUUAGAUCAUGACCUAGAUCACUCCUUACCAUCUGUUACAUCUGAAAGCUGGGAUGGUAUUGAUUGUAAAAAGUCUUGUGAUUAUAAAGCUCCUUGUUACCCCAUAGACGUCCCUCCAGAUGAUCCUAGAGUGGGCAAUAGACGCUGCAUAGAUUUUAUAAGAACAUCAUCUAUCUGCGGAUCGGGUAUGACUUCUGUUUUCUUUGAUUACAUACAACCUAGGGAGCAAAUAAAUCAGUUGACAUCUUAUAUCGAUGCAUCACAAGUUUAUGGAUAUUCUGAAGAAUUGGCUAAUAAUUUAAGGGAUCGUAAUACUAACUGGGGAAGGUUAAGAGAAGGUCCUACGUUUCCAGGAAGAAAACCUUUGCUUCCAUACGCAGAAAAUCAAGGGAUUGACUGUCGGCGAAAUCUUACCGAAAGUACUCUCAACUGCUUUGUAGCAGGUGAUAUUCGUGCUAAUGAACAAGUAGGUUUAUUGGCAAUGCAUACUAUUUGGCUCAGGGAACACAACAGGAUAGCAAAAGAGCUGAAACAUAUCAAUCCUCAUUGGGACACAGAUCAGCUUUAUCAUGAGUCUAGAAAAAUAGUAGGAGCAUUUAUGCAACACAUAACCUAUAAAUCUUGGUUGCCUAUUAUCCUUGGAGAUAGAGGAAUGGUUAAAUUGGGCGAGUAUGAAGGUUACAAGCCUAAUCUCAAUCCCUCAAUUUCUAACGUUUUUGCAACAGCAGCACUUCGCUUCGGACAUACACUUAUUAAUCCCAUACUUCAUAGAUUGAACUCAAAUUUUACGCCUAUUAGAGAAGGUAAUUUACCCCUAUCGAAGGCAUUCUUUUCGCCCUGGAGGAUUAUUGAGGAGGGUGGAAUUGAUCCUUUAAUAAGAGGUUUCUACUCUGUUGCUGCUAAAAUGAAAAAACCAGAUGAGAAUUUGAACUCCGAACUAACGGAAACUCUUUUUCAAGCCGCGCAUGCGGUUGCUUUGGAUCUAGCUGCGAUGAAUAUUCACAGAGGACGAGAUCAUGCUCUGCCUGAUUACCUGGAAUUCCGAAAAUUUUGUAAUAUGGCCCCCGUAGUUAGCUUCGAUGAUUUGAAAUAUAACAUUAGCGAUAGUAAAGUGAGAUCAAAAUUACAAAAGCUAUAUGGUCACCCUGGAAAUAUUGAUGUUUUUGUUGGAGGUAUUUUGGAGGAUCAAAUCGAUAAUGGUAAAGUCGGUCCGCUUUUCCAGUGCAUUCUGAUCGAACAGUUCAAACGACUGAGAGAUGGUGAUCGUUUUUAUUACGAAAAACCUUCGGUUUUUAAACCCGAACAAUUGGAACAAAUAAAACAAUUCUCACUUGCUCGACUUAUUUGCGAUAAUGCAGAUAACAUAACAUUAAUUACUAAAGACGUAUUCAAGUUACCAGAAUUACAAGGAGGAUACAUUGGCUGUGAAGAAAUACCAAAAGUGGAUUUGAGGUUUUGGUAUGAAUGCUUUGCAGACUGUCCAUAUUAUGAAAGAAAAGAAAGGAGUUGUCAUGUAGAUUUCCAAACAGAAAGAAAGCAUUUAUUAGCAAAAAGAGAUGUGCAGUCCUCUACAUUGAGCAACGUUAAGAAAAACAGAAAAAUAAAAUAAAGUUGUGGGAAACUAAAACACAACUUAAAAUUGUUAUCAAUGUGCCACUUUUUUUUGUCAAGUCAUCAUAUAUUAUUUCUGAAUAUCAAAUACUAAAACUUCAAGCAAGAUACUGAUUAAAUCAAAAAUACAAAUAUAUAAAAUUAAUCACCAAGCAUAAUUAUGAUAAAAUUUAAUUAUCUAUGUACAUUUCCUAACUAUUACGCAAUUAAACUAAAUGUCCGA